UGUCUCGUGACUGGGCGCAGGUCGAGGCCUGGCUGCUGAGGCUCCCUCGGUGUUCAUGUGGAAUGUUUAACCUGCUUCGGAGAAGCCCCACGGCUCAAAAUACCUCGGGGUCCUUCGAGUUGUCUGUGCCACAGAGAGGACUGCGGCUGAUUAUGGAGUACAGAGGUCCUCUGGCCAAAUCAUGUUGGCUGCUGCUACUGCUGCUGUUGCUGCCAUCUCAUAACCACCAGGGACAGGUUCUGAGACAGAUUCCCCCCACCCAGGAGAUCCAGGAGCCUCCAGCUGUGCACCUCAGCAAUGGCCCAGGACAAGAGCCUGUCUCCAUCAUGACCUUUAAUCUGACCAAGAUCACAAAAAGCUCUUCCUUCUUUGAGUUUCGCACCUGGGAUCCAGAAGGAGUGAUUUUUUAUGGCGAUACCAACCCAAAGGACGAUUGGUUUGUGCUGGCACUUCGGGAUGGCAGGCCUGAGAUCCAACUAUACAAUCAGUGGGCCCAACUUACAGUGGGCGCUGGACCCCGGCUGGAUAAUGGGAGGUGGCACCAGGUAGAAGUGAAAAUCCUUGAGGACUCAGUGCUGCUGGGGGUGGAUGGGGAGCAGGUUCUGCGUCUGAGACAGGUUUCUGGGACUCUGACCAAAAAAUCCCAGCCCAUCAUGAGGAUUGCUCUCGGGGGACUGCUGUUUCCCGCCUCCAACCUCCGGUUGCCGCUGGUACCUGCCCUGGAUGCCUGCCUGCGCAGGGGUAACUGGCUGGACCAACAGGCUCAGAUUUCAGCGUCUGCUCCUACUAGCCUCAGAAGCUGUGCUAUAGAAUCUCAACCUGGGAUAUUUUUCCCUCCAGGGACUCGUGCAGAAUUCAACCUACAAGAUGUUCCCCAGCCUCAUGUAGAGCCCUGGACCUUCUCUCUGGACCUGGGACUUCAGUUUGCAGCAGGCUCUGGCCACCUCCUUGCCCUUGGGACCCCAGAAAACCCUUCUUGGCUCAGCCUUCACCUCCAAGAUCAAAAAGUGGUGCUAUUUUAUGGGUCAGGGCCAGGGCUGGAUCUGCCCCUGGUCUUGGGACUCCCUCUCCAGCUGAAGCUGGAUGAAUCCAGGGUGCUCUUGAGUCAUGGGCCAAAGAAGAUCCUUGCUCAGCCUCCCAUGGGCCUCAACUCCCUUCUCAACCUCUGGGCCCACCCCCAGGGGCGGCUCUUCCUGGGGACUUUGCCAGGAGAGACCUCUUCUGCCUCCUUUUGCUUGGAUGGCCUGUGGGCACAAGACCAGAGGCUAGACUUGGAUCGGGCCCUGAGCAGAAGCCAGGACGUCUGGACUCACAGCUGUCCCCAGCACCUAGGCAAUGGCACUAACACCACCCAUUAAAUCCCCAUCUAAGAA